AGUCCAUUCAUCAGGGUAAGAAGAAGGGGAUGGUUUGAUGCUCCGAGAGAGGAGGAUAUUAGGGAGCCCCAUUCAUCUUCUCCAGAGGCCGAGCCCCCGUCCAUGUGACCAGCCAGGAGGGGAUGUGCAUUGGCGGUGGGCGGGCCGGUGCUGGUCGCUGUCCUGGGUGUUGAAGCUGAUCAGGGAGGCUCUAGUGGAGCUUCUGUGAGAUUGGGGAGAAAGUGCUGGCCAUCCGUCCCCUGCCUCCCCUGCUGCCCCUGUCACUCCUCCUGCACCUCCUGCAUGUACCCAUGGACUGCUAGGCUGAUGGAUGAGACAUGAUGGGAUUAUUCUGCAUUACUCUCCUGCUCCUCUCGGCUUCAAUUCAUCAUCAUCUGGCUGCGAGCACCGCUGCUGCUGCUGACACCAAAUUCGGCUGCUUAUUUGAAGAUGACCUCUGCAAGUCUUAUGAGAUGUGCUUGAAUGAUGGCGUGUUUGGGAGAUGUCAGCGGAUACCGGUGAUAGACGUAUUCAAAUACGAAGUUUCACCUCCUAUUAUCCAGCGUCUUAGAUCUGUACUUCAGAAGCUCUCCCAUAGAGGCUUAACGUGGAAAGAUGAUUACACUCAACACAUUAUUGCAAAUGAAUUAUCAAAUCUUCAUAAAGUUUACAGCAGCCACUUAGACUCUAUUCCUUCCGAUGUUUCCAGCAACUCAAGGGUUUCAAAGUUAAAUUCUGGAAGUGACAGAGAUUAUGAAACUGAAGCGAAUAAGAACUUUGCCAAAUCUUUUCAUCAAUAUCUUCAGUAUCUUGGAAUUCUGCCACAGCCUAGUGCUCCAAACUUCUACUCAAGGCCGAAGAGUGAGCCGUCAAAGAUUCCGAAUUCCAAAGGAAAAGCUCCGGGUUUGUUCUUUGCUCCAGCUUCUCGUCAAAAAGUUACUGAGACUCCUUCAAAGACGUUAUCUAAGCCUUCAGCUGACAAGCCACCAAAAGAAUCAGAAGCAGAUCUGGAGAAAAAAACCUUACUGGCGGCAUUAAAAGCUUACUUCUCUGAAAAGGCUGUAUCGCACAAUCCCAAUAACUUAAAUCCGAAUGGGAGACCAAAAGUUUCUGCUGUGUUUUCUAAUAAAUACAAAACCCCCCAACUUAGUCAACUUGAAGGGGUUCUUCCUAAAGAUGAUAAAGAGGAUAGUUAUCCAGUGAAAUCGUUUCUACAGAGACCAAGGGCUAGAGUCUUGUCAAGGCCAAACCUUGGAGCACUGAUUUAUAAAUCCAGUUCUCACCAGGAAACCCCAAAGGACCCACUGAGUGUGGUAGAUGAAACAUUUAUCCAGAAUGUUGUGAAGGAGCUGGGCAAACAUAAACUGAACAUCGAUAACCUCAGUCCAAAAGAACUUGACGAACUAGCAGAUGUAAUUGCUGAUACUCUUCAGGUAGUUGAUGGAGAAGAAUUUGGUGCCAGGAAGACGAAGGUUGAAAGAGGAGAACAGGAACUAAUAAAAGUGGGACCAUAUGAAUCCCAAGUUCUGGAAGAGUUGGACAGAAAUGUUAAUCAAACUGUUCAAGAUCAAGGAAUAAGCAGGAGACAACCGGAAUAUGAAACAAAGGAGAAAGAGACAGGCACAAAGAAAGAGAACCUUCCAACCUUUACUGAAAACUCAAUGUCACACGAGUUUAUAUCGGAACCCUUUGACAGAGAAUUGAAAAGGUUUGAGAACUUUCAUUAUACCUCAGAUGACGAUGAUGACGACGAUGACAACAAAGUUGGAAUUGAGAAUGUAAAGAGCGAGACCUAUACCAGAGAGCUGGUGGCUCAGAAGAAGUCAGCCGAGACUGACGCCGAUUCCAAUAAAGACAUAGAGCUUCAGCACUGGGUACAGGAAAGUUUUGCACAGGGUGAUAGAUCUUUCCAAACUGAACCAAAGAAAAUGGGGCAAGAUGUACAGUUACAAGUGAAGUCUUCCAACAGUGACACCUACGGCUACAUUGUGACACAGAAAAGCCCCCUGACUGUGGAAAAGGGCAUGGAAUUAUUAAAUGAAGUGGCAGUGCUCCUGAAAGAGCAGAUGAAUGCGUUCAGUAAUGUCAGUGUGUCAGGAUCAGCUGUCGUGUUUCAAGUGGGUUCCAGUUUCCGGAAUAUAACGAUAGAAGAUGUGGCAAAUGCAGCAGCUGCAAAUAAGGAGAAGCUUGAGAAAUCCACAGGGCUGCGAAUCCUGCAGACGGGCGUUGCGGAGAAAAGCAAAUUGAAGCUGUUGCCUCAUCAUUUGGAGGAAGAAGAUUCUACAAAAUUUAUUAUCCUCACUCUGAUCUCCAUCGCUUGUAUCAUCGGGGUUCUUGCUGGUUCUGGUGUCAUCUACUGCCUGCGCCACCAGUCCCACCACAAACUUAAAGAGAAGCUCUCUGCUUUAGGAACUGACACCAAUACAGAUGCCACAAGCACUUACCAGGAGCUUUGCCGCCAGCGGAUGGCUGUCAAGUCUUCAGAUCGACCAGAGCCUCUGCACAGUUCUCGCAUCAAUAGCAUCUCGUCGCAGUUCAGUGAUGGACCAAUGCCCAGCCCCACCGCACGGAGCAGUACAUCCUCCUGGAGCGAGGAGCCUGUCCAAUCAAAUAUGGACAUCUCCACCGGUCACAUGAUACUGUCUUAUAUGGAAGAUCACUUGAAGAAUAAGAAUCGUCUGGAGAAAGAGUGGGAAGCUCUGUGUGCAUAUCAAGCAGAUCUGAAUGCAACACUCAUUGCGCUGAAGGAGGAGAAUGCUGCAAAGAAUCGAUCUGUCUCUACGGUAGCAUAUGACCAUAACAGAAUCAUUCUAAAGGCAGAGAAAAGCCAUGACCAUUCUGACUACAUCAAUGCCAGCCCCAUAAUGGACCAUGAUCCUAGAAACCCAGCUUACAUUGCAACUCAAGGACCUCUACCUGCAACUGUGGCUGAUUUCUGGCAGAUGGUAUGGGAAAACGGCUGUGUCGUAAUUGUGAUGUUGACAUCACUCGCAGAAAAUGGAGUCAAGCAAUGCUAUCACUACUGGCCUGAUGAAGGCUCGAACCUCUACCAUAUCUACGAGGUAAAUCUCGUCUCCGAGCAUAUCUGGUGCGAGGAUUUUCUUGUGAGAAGCUUCUAUCUGAAAAACCUACAGACUAACGAAACUCGUACAGUCACCCAGUUUAAUUUCCUCAACUGGAAUGACCAUGGUGUGCCAGCUUCAACGCGUUCACUGCUAGACUUCCGCAGGAAAGUUAACAAGUGUUACAAGGGUCGCUCCUGUCCUGUAAUAGUUCAUUGCAGUGAUGGUGCGGGGAGAAGUGGAACCUAUAUCCUGAUUGACAUGGUACUCAAUAAAAUGGCUAAAGGUGCUAAAGAGAUUGAUAUUGCCGCUACUCUGGAGCACUUGAGAGACCAGCGACCAGGCAUGGUGCAGACAAAGGAGCAAUUUGAAUUUGCACUGACAGCCGUGGCAGAGGAAGUGAAUGCAAUACUAAAGGCCCUUCCACAGUAAAUGUUCCACGUACCUAAUAACCCCAGAGGAUCCUACUCCCACCCCCUUCUUCCUAUCAGUCUCUUUAAACGUUGUUGGAAAUUGUGACCUGGUGUGUGUCAUGUAUAGAAACUGCAUAGAGAAAUGCGGCUCACAUUUUAGUCCCCUGCUGGGAGACUCAUGCGGUCACAACAUCCCAAUGAUAACAUGUAAUGGAUACACAACCUAUUUGAUCAGCAAAUUGCAUAUGUCUUCUCUUUUACUUUCAUUCACAUUAAGUAUAUAAUUACCAAUGAAGGAGCUGGAUGCCAAAUUAUUUUUCUGUUUACUUGGGAAAAGUAAAAUCAUUUUUUAUUUUUCAUUUUUUCAUUUUGUGAUUUACAUUAUUUUUAUUGCUCAUUGUUAGUAAUUGAUUUCUGUCAGCAACAUGGUAUAGAGAGCAGUAGUGUUCAGAGAGCUAUAGCAGCCAAUCAAAUGUCAUCUUUCAUUAGUCUAACUAGAAUGGUUAAAGCUGAUUGGUUUCUAUAGUUACAGCACCUCACUGUUGUUUUCACACUUUAAUAAAUAACCCCCACAGACCAACAGGCCAGUUACUCUUCACUUCCCAGCAAUGUCAUAUGGCACAAAGAGAGUAAAGGAUAUCACUAACAUUACUCCAAACUUCAAAACUGCUCUAUAACCAGAGCAACCAGUGCAGAUGUACUUAGCCUUGGAGAGUGAAAAAGUGGUAGAGAUAGAUAGAUAAAUUACCAACCAACCAAUCUGCUCCUAACUGACAUUUUUCAAACACAACUUAUAACAUGGCAGUCAGGAGCUGAUUGGCUGGCACUUUAUAUCUCUCCAAGGCUUAAUACAUCAAUAGUAGUCUGUCUUCUGCUGAUUAGAAAAUGACACCAAAUGUCUCAUAGUUGCUAUGGACUUAGUGCCAGUGUGAAUAUAUUUGUAAUGCUGGUAAAUAAGUUUCAUUGAGUGUUAAACCAAAAUAAGUGUUGUUGUUAUUAUUAUUAUUAUUAUUAUUAUUAUUAUUCCAAGUAUUUUACAGAGGUUGUGUAAAAUAAUAUAUACAAAAUCAAGCAAGUGUGGUCAUUUUUAUAAUAGGUAAUUACGCACUGUGCUGGCUAAAGCACACAAUGGUAUACCUAAACAAUAGGACAGGGUUUACUAUAAGCAGCUCCUAAAAACAAGCCUUAAAUUAAAUAUAUAAUAGUUUUAACUUUGGUUUUCUGACUUCAUUUCAGCUGAGUGCGUUAUUUUCAUUGUACAGAGUACACAGAGGAGAUCACUACAAAACUACAAAUUAAUACAUUUACACAACAAUGUACUGUACAUGGUCAAUGUACACAGUUGUCAAAUUGAGGUUCAUACAGUAGGUGCCCAAUGCCCAAUCCAACUUUAUAUGUAGCACAGAGAUUUUAUAUUAAUAAAAAAACAAAACAGCGCUCAGAGAUUUGUGUAAAGUGUUUGAAAUAUUAGCGAAAAAAGUCACCUUCCUUGGUGUUAUUAAUUAAAUAGGUUCCAUUACCUGCAAACACAGGAGGCAGCCAUUGUGUGGCCUGUACCAACAUUCAGCCUAGUAAUUCACCGGGAAGCAGUUAUAGGCUGCAUGCCCUUUAAUACUGGUUUAGCCUACAAAGAGGCCACACCUGCUAUAUUAUAUUAGUGAUGAAUCCACUGAAAGGUCAUUUGCAACUGAAAUGGGCAGUCUGAGGGGAAUAAUUACUAAAGUGCGGGUGUAUAAAAGUAAGGAUGUUGCCCAUAGUAACCAAUCAGACUAUAGCUAUUAUCUUUUAUAAUGUGCUAGAUGAUUAUGAUUGGUUGCCAUGGGAACAGCUUCACUUUUGUAAUCCUGCACUUUAGUAACUCUACCCCUGAGACUAUCUUAAUGGGGUAUAAGUAGGGGAAGUUUUUUUUUUUUUUUUUGGGGGGGGGGGGGGGGGCUUGUAAUUAGAACACAUUUUGGAAAUUGAUGUUAUGGAAGAAAGGAAAUCAGAAAUCAGUGACAAGAGGGGGAGGGCUGAUGGAGUAGCCCCCCCCCUCCCCCUUCCCUGCCGCACGGGAGGCACAGUGGCUGGUCCUGGGUACAGGGUCUGCUCCCAUGGUGUAAUCAGCGCCUAUGUACACAGGAGCAACUGUAGUCCACUUGUAGCUAACUAUGGCUCACAAAAAUGUUAUUAUAAGCUAUUCAUUUGUAACAAUGAUCCCACCAAACCAAGCUUUCACACAAAUGAUAUACAUAACAUUGCUUUCACAAGGACCAACCAUUAUCAUCUACACAAGGAAAGAUGUAUUAGUCCUGAAACCAACAAGUAUAGUAAAGUAUUAGUUGUGCGUGUAUUUUAACCAAUGUUGCAAAGUAGUCCAUGGUGAUCUUAGUGUAGUCAUCCAUUACAUACUAUUAUGUUAAGAUGAAAUAAUAUAUUUUAGAUCUUCAUAGCAGAUAGUGAGAGAAUUUGUGAGAGUUCUCCUGGUUGAUUUUGCCAUGUAAAUGAUUGGCACUUAAAAAAAAAACUGGAGAACUCUCCAAAAAUCUCUCACUUUCUGGUUCUCACACACUAUUACAUCCCCCCCCCCCCCCCCACCCAUAACAGGUAGUGGGAGUCAGUGAGUCACUAAUUAUAAGAUAAGUGAUGCAGUGGUAAGUUGGUAUAUUUUGCUAUGCAGAUCUAAAAUAUAUUAUUACACCCUCUUUGGAAGGUAGUAUACAUUCAAAACCCUUCUAGUUUCAAGCACUAUCACAUAUACAGUAGCAAUUACAUUAUUCUAGAGAGCUUUCAUAAUUAUUAUAAUCAGAGAAUCUUGAAUAAUUUGGCUAUUGUAUUAUAGGGAAUUAUGUCAAACAUACAUACUCGUAUGAUUUACAAAAUCAGCUUUUUUAAAUCACUUUGUUAUUGCAAGUGUUUGUAAGGUAUUAUAACAUGCAAUCACCAGUCCUUAUUACAGAUCCCAUCUUUCAUUUCCAUGUAAUCAUAGUAAAAUAGCAAGGUUGUAAGAAGAUAUACGUUCAUCCAUUGUAAACCAGUACGUUGUUGGUUCUGUACACAUUCCGUGUCAUUGUUACUACAGUCCAUAAUUAUUUCUAUACCAAGUGGUUACAAUGUCUAGUUGAGCAUUGUACCUAAAGUUAAAUUACUUCCUGCAAAAAUCUUUAUUCCAUAAAAGUGCCAGUUGGUAAAUCCUGAUUUGUUUUCCCAACCCUAAUAACCAUAUGACAGUAUGUGACACAUCACCUAUAUUGCCCUGUGUAGGUACAGUUAUUAUGUGUUUGGGAGUUUGAUGGAUGUCUUGUUAGGUGUGGUCUACACUUCAGGUCAAAACAGGUACAGUUGCCACGUUAAGCACUAGAAGGUAAAAUAUAUCGCUCUCAAUAGAACAUGACAGAAAUGCAGCACAAAUUAGCCCAUGACAUUUCUAUCUUGCAUUCCUUUGCGGUUUAUUUUUAGUUACAAAGGUCCACUCUUGUGGUUAUAUUAUUAACCUGAUAAAAUCAUAUCCUAUCUGCAUCUACUUUCUAUAUACAGUCUGUAGCAGAGUUUAUACAGCUGUUCCUUCUCCUGUAGCUCCAGACAUUUCCAGAGGGCCAGCCAUAACGAAGACCUCUGUGUAUGGCCCACCUUCUUCACUAUAUCAUAAAUCUGACAUCACUGGAAUUAAACUGUGCAAAGCCUGUGAUGUCAGCAAAAUGCUACAGGGUUGAGGUGUGACCGAGUGGCCCUUCAUAGAUAGCAAGACUUGCAGGAUAGGUACAAUAAGUGCUGCAUACACUCUUCUAAAGAAACAGAUAUGAUCAUUGGCAUAUGUGCCCCAUACAAAUGACACGUACUGUAUGGAGUGAAAUUUCCUGUAAUUCAGUCUCCUUCCCCUUAUCUGUACUACCCUCGCUGGGAAAUUGUUUUGUGAUUUAUAGUGUUCUUAUUUUUAAUUUCAAAUAAAAAAAACAGGUAUCCUUUGUAUUCUCUCUUAUUCUUUUGUUAUUUUUUUAAUACAAAUCUGAAUACCUAGUGUUACACCAGCAAAAACGAAUCUGUCUGUAUUUGUGCAUGCCCUUGUGUCAAUGAUCACUAGCUUCAGAUAUUCUUGUGUACUCUUAUCUUCUUUCUGAUUUGCUGAAAACAAAUAAUUUUAGACUUUAUAUGUAUAUAAUAAAGAUAUACCAAGUAUUUUGUUCUACCUCUGUAAAAAAUAAUUUGUGAAUAAAAGUUACAUUGUCUGUGGAGUAUGGUGAAUACUGCAA